AUGAUGAGGGGGCAGGCGUGGCUGGCGCUGCUGGUCGUGGUGGCGCUGGCCUUGGCGGACGCGGCGGCGGGGAGGUUCGUGGUGGAGAAGAACAGCAUCCAGGUGACGUCCCCUGACGAGCUCAAGGGCAAGUACGAGUGCGCCAUCGGCAACUUCGGGGUGCCGCAGUACGGGGGCACCCUGCACGGAUGGGUCGAGUACCCCAAGUCCAACCGGAAGGCGUGCCAGAGCUUCGACCAGUUCGACAUCUCGUUCAAGCCCAAGCAGGCCGGGGGACGACCCAUCUUCGUCCUCGUCGACCGCGGAGAAUGCUUCUUCACAACCAAGGCAUGGAAUGCACAAAACGCUGGAGCUGCUGCAGUUCUUGUUGUAGAUGACAAGUCGGAACCUCUAAUCACAAUGGACAACCCAGAAGAAGGCAAAGAGCACCUAGAAAACAUCACUAUUCCCUCAGUUCUUAUAACAAAGAAAUUGGGGGAAAGCCUUAAGAAAUCCGCGGAAAAUGGCGAUAUGCUUAGCGUUCUUCUGGACUGGAGAGAAUCCCUUCCCCAUCCCGAUGAGCGCGUAGAGUAUGAGUUCUGGACAAACAGUAAUGAUGAAUGUGGUCCUAAAUGCGAUAUGCAAAUGGACUUCGUGAGGAGCUUUAGAGGAACUGCACAAAUUCUUGAGAAAAAGGGUUACACUCAGUUUACUCCUCAUUAUAUCACAUGGUAUUGUCCAGAAGCUUUUGUCGAUAGCAAGCAAUGCAAAUCACAGUGCAUCAAUCAUGGGAGAUAUUGUGCACCAGACCCAGAGCAGGAUUUUAGCCAAGGGUAUGAUGGAAAAGAUGUUGUGGUUCAAAAUCUACAUCAAAUUUGUGUAUUCAAGAUUGCUAAUGAGACUGGGAAGCCAUGGCUGUGGUGGGAUUAUGUGCAUGAUUUCGCACUUAGGUGCCCAAUGAAGGAUAAGAAAUACACUCAUGACUGUGCCAGCGAUGUUAUCAAGUCACUUGGAUUGGACAUCGAGAAGAUAAACAAGUGUGUUGGCGACCCUGAAGCCAAUGAGGAAAAUGAAAUUUUAAAGGCAGAACAAGAUGCCCAAAUUGGUCAUGAUCAAAGGGGAGAUGUCACAAUACUACCAACCCUUGUCAUCAACAACAGGCAAUACAGAGGUAAGCUGGACAAAGUUGCUGUCCUGAAAGCGAUCUGUUCAGGAUUCGAGGAGACAACUGAGCCUGCUGUUUGUUUGAGCGAAGAGGUUCAAACAAAUGAGUGUUUGGAGAACAAUGGGGGUUGCUGGAUGGACAAAGUUAAUAAUGUUACUGCAUGCAAGGAUACCUUCCGUGGGCGUGUUUGUGAGUGCCCUAUUGUGAGAGGUGUAAAAUUUGUUGGUGACGGAUAUACCCAUUGUGAAGCUUCUGGUAUUGGUAGGUGUGAGAUCAAUAAUGGAGGGUGCUGGCAGGAAACUAAAGAUGGGAAGACAAUCUCUGCCUGCUCAAACGAAGUAUCUGAAGGUUGUAAAUGUCCAGUGGGUUUCAAGGGUGAUGGAGGAAACAGUUGUGAAGACAUUGAUGAAUGCAAAGAGAAACUUUACUGUCAAUGCAAGGGUUGCAGCUGCAAGAAUACAUGGGGAAGCUAUGAGUGCAGCUGUGGUGAUGACAAUAUGCUGUACAUGAGGGAGCAUGACACUUGCAUCAGCAAAGAGGGAACUACCACUACUGUUGGCUGGAGCUUCCUCUGGGUUAUUUUCUUUGGACUUGUUUUUGCCGGGGUUGGAGCAUACGCUGUGUACAAAUACAGGCUGAGGAGUUACAUGGAUUCGGAGAUCCGUGCCAUCAUGGCUCAGUACAUGCCUCUGGAUAACCAAGAAGGAGCAAACCAGCAUCAGGUCGUGCACGCCAAUGAUAUUUGA